AGGGAAUCGCGGCUUCUCUAUUCAAGUUUUCGAUGCUAUCGCUUUAUAGUAACACAAUUUGUCCAUUAUCCUGUCCUAUGGACUGUGAAUGGCACACAUCUUUGGGAAACGCGUCAUUCCUUGAAAGAAUCAACGCUGCGUGGUGAGGAAUAGUAAAGAUAGUGGAUUUUCUAGUACCAGAGUCAAAUGUGCACACAAAAUAGGACAAUUUUGGUCAAGAAGAACACGUAGGUGUACGGGAAUGAUGGAAUCAGCCUCGGAACGGCACCUCUGGGUCAUGAAGGAAGAUGCACAGAGCGUAAACGGGGCUUCCUAGGCGAUAUUUGCGGUUGUUUCGCUCUCAAAGUCUCAAUUUACUGGGAAAACUUCUCUUCCUCCUCUCUUCUUGAAUGCAAAACGACAGGGUGCUUCUGUAACGAUGGUGCAGUGUGCGUGCUGUGCAUCACGAUGGAAUGUGCAAUCACUAAACAUAAAUUUCAGCGCUUUUAAGUUGCAAGUGGUUUCUUACUUUUCGCACAUAUAAAUUCGGUAAAAUGGAUUGCAUUUUGAGGUGUAAUAAUAGCGAAAACGAAGUCGUCAUUGACGAGGCUACUGGCUUGCCAAUCAAACAACAUGACUAUAAUGAGAAACCAAGUGUGAUUUAUAAGCCAAGCACAACUGUUCCACCAAACAACAUUUUGGAAAUUCCACCUCCAAAGGAGUUGGAGUACCCAGUCACCUUCUUCCCAACGGUCGAUACCUUUUUUGAUGCUGACACCAACACCUUGGUUAUCUUGAUGGAACUUCCAGGUUUCCCAGCCGCCGACAUUGAGGUCCACAUUGGCGAUGGAGAAAUCAAAAUUUGCGGUCCACGUCCAAAGGAUGAGCUUUACGAAAAGUUUGGUGAGAACCUCGACAUCCACAUUAGGGAGAGAAAGGUUGGCUACUUUUACAGGAGAUUCAAGCUCCCAAACAAUGCCCUCGAUAGCACCGCCAUUGCCGCUUAUGACAAUGGUAUCCUCUCCAUCAAGGUUGAAUGCUCCCAGUUUAGUCCAAGCAGGAGACUCGACAUUAGCACCUAGGUUUCUCCUAGUUAAAUAGUGCAUUAAGGUCUAAUUUGUGCUAUUUUU